AUGGACUCUCGACGCCUCAUCCAGCGUUGCACCAAACCUGAUGCAAAGGAGUUCAAGAAGAUUGCAGUUGCCUGCGCCAUUGGCUUCUCAAUCAUGGGAUUCAUCGGCUACACUGUCAAGCUGGUCUUCAUCCCCAUCAACAACAUCAUUGUGGGCGGCAGCUGA